CUAUACUACUGAUGCAUGAGUCAGUAUGCAAAUGAAUCUCUAUUGCGUUUCAUGGCAUUUGGUAGUGUGUGAUCAUUAGUCCUGACUACUAGUUUCUAGAGUGUGAUCCUUUAAUAUUCCUCUCAUAUGGUGUCAUGAGGCAACUUUAUUUUGGAAUUAUGGAACCUGGUUUGUUAGAAACUAUGCAAGCUUGAAAUCUUUUGUUGUUGAUGUUUAUGCCCUAUGUGGAGCAGCGACGACAUACUCUCUCAUCUAUAUUAUAAAUUAAAUGUUAUAGUCAGUUUGUUUUCUAAAUUAACGGAAUUAAUUUGCUUUAUUCAAUAACUUUCAUUUCAAAAGUACAUGGAGUUUUCUUAUACAUCUUUUUAGAGAUCAUAAAUGAUCUAUGGCACUAUUGUGUAUAUUCAAUUAAUUUCUUCGGUUAGAUGCUUAUGCCUUGGGAUUUUCCCCAUAUGCUUCCAUGUUGACCUUUAGACUCUGGAAAGGGAUUUUGGAAUGGCUGCAAUCUACAGUCUUUACAUCAUCAAUAAGUCUGGUGGAUUGAUCUAUUAUAAGGAUUAUGGUUCUGCUGGAAGAAUGGAUACCAAUGACAGUUUAAGAGUGGCAAGUUUAUGGCAUUCAAUGCACGCCAUCUCUCAACAGCUGUCACCGGUUUCAGGUUGUUCAGGGAUUGAACUUUUGCAAGCUGAUACAUUCGAUCUUCAUUGCUUCCAGUCACUUACGGGGACAAAAUUUUUUGUGGUCUGUGAGCCUGGAACCCAGCACAUGGAAAGUUUGCUGAAAUUCAUAUAUGAGCUGUACACUGAUUAUGUUCUGAAGAACCCAUUCUAUGAGAUGGAGAUGCCCAUACGUUGUGAGCUCUUCGAUAUCAACUUGACACAGGCGGUACAAAAGGACCGGGUUGCAUUUUUGGGACGAUAAAUUACAACCCCCCCCCCUCCUUCUCACGUCUCUGCCAGAGAUAUGCAAAGUGCCCGCAGUCCUAUUGCAGUUGGUUGGACAAAUUUCUGAUUGUGGCAUUGAAACUAAGAAUGUUAGACCAACUUUGUCUAUAGCCUGUACUCUUUUGCAUAGCUGAGGAAAGUGCAGUGUUGAUGCUCCAGACUUCGGGAGAUACUUUUUGUUCUUGCUACAUUUGAUUUGCAAAAACAUGGAUAAUUGGCAUUA